CUGGCGGCGAAUGCCGUGCGGUGCAGCCGCAUGCAGCUCGGCCCGGAGCAUUCGCUGCUGACGCAGGCGUUCCGCGAGGCGGCGCUGGACUACGUGCAGAUCGCGGGCGUGGAUUGCUUCGACCGGUCGCCCUACGCCAUGGUGUUCGGCAUUACCAGUGCAAAAAUCGUCCGAAACUACCAGCUUUUUGCCACGCUGGUCUCCGAAAAAUAUCUCGAAUGGUGGGAAUACUCGCGGUUCUACUGGCGCCACCACGACGACGAACUGGCAGAAAACGCGUUUGCGGAGGCGUGCCCGGCACCAGGGGAAGAUGUGCUUUUGUUGCCACAAGACGUUGUGUUGGCCGACCACAGCAGUAGCAUCACAACUUCUAGUACACCCGUCCUCGGGGCAGGAACGUCCUCGAUGCAGCAUCUCGACGACAGCGCCGGCGGUGUCGUCGUACCGGACCCUGAAGCGCUGGCAGGCCGACUCGCGAAACUGACAAGGAUUUUUCGUUUCAACACGCCGGGUGACACUUUGAACGCAGAGCGGUCUACUUAUCACGAAGAGCAGCUCGUGCCGGGCGCAGCACACGUAUUCCAACGUCACGAGGAAAAGCGCGUCAUCUCCUCCUUGGAGGGCUUUGCAGGCACGGUCGGAGCGAAGAUGGCCGCCCGGUGGCAGAAAGAGCUGCAAAAAGUGAUAUCCGAGGACCCCGGGACGAGCCGACGAAGAAUGGACGACGUUGAGCUAUCGCCGCUUCCUGUAUUCGAGUCUGCACUUCUGCAAGAACAGCUCGAGGGAAUAAUCGAGGAUGGUGAGGACGAGGCUGAAAAGACAACUGCUGGUGCGACAUCAGAUGACAAAGAACGCGAUAUCGUUGAUACAGCAUCUGCUGCCCCCUCGCCAAAUUUGAUGUCGAUCGCCUUUCCGGAGGACGAGGUUGAUGAGGAAGACAGUGCCACCUUCCGGCGCCUGCUCACGGACCUCCAGCGGGUGGUGUCCUCGUCCAUAAGUGGAGUAGACAAAGCAGAAAAAACAGAUUCAGUCGAAGUGCUACACGAGGUGGACAUCAAAGCACUGAGGCUUGCACAGACCAUCGUGGAAGAAGUGGAAAAGGCGGCAUCGGCGUAUGUGAACACGUUGCAGAUCGUCACCGACAGCGAGCUGGAACGACAAGCGCAAGAACGCAGCAAGCACCCGCCCCUGCCACAGGUGCGCCAGCCGGCCCCGAUAAUGAAUCGGCAAGACGAUCAUCCGGGUUCUAGUACUCCAGAAGAACCAACCGCACCUAGUGCCUUCCAGGUCAAGAACACGACCAGCACCGAGCACGACCCCGAGCAAAGUGUAGUCAAGAGUCAAAAUGUCAAACUACUGUGCGCUCUGCCGCUUGUGUGGCCUGCGGAGGCAGAUUUUCGGCGUGCCAUCUUGGACACGUGGGGCGGGCGGGAACACGUCGCGGGAAGCUGCGACGAAAUCUACUUCUUUGUCGCUCUGCCGGACGAUUUUUGCUCUCACUACUGUGCUGAGCGUGAUCUCCAGGUUCGCUCUUCGUUCGCGGACACCGUGGCUGAGCUGGAGAAGCGAAUCAUUACUUCGGUGCCUGAAGAAGAAGAACACGACCGCAGUGAGCAAAGUGAAGACGCCGAAGACGUUAAUCAGCACCAGUCAGUUGUAGGGCAAAAGAUAAAGCCCUCUCGCGGGAGCCUUCUCACAGAUCCGAAAUUUUUGCUCGAUCUUUUACUUGGUCGGAAAUCUGUGUUUGAUCGCGGUAACUCCCAGCAAAAGGUGCGAGACGACGAGGCUGCGCGAGGACAGCAAAUCGAGCUAGAAAAAGAGGCCUUUUGCCGCGUGCACGAAGACGAGCAAAGGACGAAAGCUCUUCGCCAGGACGAGAGACGAAGUGAACAGAGUCAACGUGAAGGAGCUUCUGACAUUAACCUUCACGAUGAACAACAACAAUCUCGACCCGGCACAUCACGAGGUGCAGCUUCCUGUUUACCAUUCGGGGUGUUCGAUUUGCGACAGACGUUUCCCGGCAUUUCCCCGGAUCGGUCGGAGUACACCUACAAGUACAGCGACGCCAAUUUUAGCUUCACUUCGAAGCACUUAACGGACCAGGACAAGAACACCGUCGCGAAGGUGUUGCAUAUGUUUCAGUUUGUCCACCGGGGCCUCCGCACGGAAAUUGAAUCGAAAGGCCGGGCGAGGUUGCAGCACUUUCUCAGACUGCUUUUUCCGUGUCAGUUUCGCAAAAACGAUCAACAUGAGGGUGGAAGUUCCUUAUCAAAAACUGCCGGAUUGCAGCAGCCUGCGAGUGAGAAACAGGGGCAUUCUGAAUCCGACCGAGGAGUAGAAGUAGAUAACACGGCCGCGGCUCGCGAAGAACUGCAAACAAGAUCGCUUGCUGAAGACGCCGGGGUCGCGAUCUCGAAUCUCCGUAUCGACACAAUUCUUGCCUCCGCGCCGAGUUCACACGAACCCGAUCGAUUUUGGUGGGAAGACGAAGAGGAGAGGUUGAUGCUGCUGGAAAGACAGGAAAACGUAACCGAUGCGUCGCACGGGUAUAAUGAUCUGACACGACCAUCGGCAGUGGCAUCAAGGGGCGACGCUGCAAGCGCAGGAGAGAGCAGACCCGGUGCAGCCGCGGAAGGGGAAGGCGACGAAUCUGAUACAACAACUGCUCGAAGUAGACAAAAUCGAGGUAAUGCCGAGCCGGAGAGCCAGGGGACCACAAAUGACGAAGAGCCCGAGAUCGUGUCGCAAUUUUGGACGUGCCGGCUGGAACGGGAUACCUGGUUUUUUCCGAAUAACGUGCGCCGGUUGGUGCGGGACCUGGACGUAACGGACUGGUCCUAUAACCUCGGGAUUGCGCACCUCUACGAGCUCUGGGACGGACGGCGACCCUGGAACGAUGGGGGCCCGGGCGUGUGCCUCUCGGGCGGGGCCCUGGACCGGUUAGCCAAGUUUCUUUGGAAAAUGGACCACCAUGUGACGAACCACCUCGCGCACUUCAAGGCCCUGCCCAUGCUGGACUCCGAGCAGUGUCAGCCCUACGCCAAGGGCUUUCGCGAGGACAAGUUCCUCAACGCCUGCCUCACCGAGGCGCUCAUCUUUCCGGACAUCUUCUCGAGAACAACCGCGAUCAGCGGAAGUAUCGCUACGACGAAAGAAGUAGAGGUGGAAGUAGCUACAAGCUCCGAUGGUGCGAAAGACGAGGCAGCAACACCACAAGACUCACCCUUCGAAGUAAACGGGCCCGAUGUGAAACGCCGAAGUGGUGUGGUUCGGGACGAGUUUGGGCGAGAUAAGUUUGUCAUUGUGCCCUGGGCCAAGUAUUACUCCACCGAGCUUCCUGUGCAGAAUCCGAUGCGGGCCUGGAUUCAUCGGGAGUCCGCAUCCUGGAAUUAUUUUAAGGGACGCACGGCACAGUUUCUGCACUGCUCUGGAUUCGCAGGGAGAAUGCCGCGGCUGAUUUUUAGUAAUUUUCCCGUCUCAUUCAACAGCUUCAAGGAACUCCCAUGGUUCUACGAAAUGAACGCAUACCUAAUGAAUACGUUUAAUGCUACAACCACAUCAAAUUCAAAAUCAACAUCCCUGGCAGCUGCCGUGAUCAGGGAUCAGGCUCCUGAUACAUUUGUGAAAUGAAAUAAGGUGCGCUCCAAGCGUGAAUUGUUUGAGUUAUGUAAAGUACUUUACUUAUGUUGCACAGCCUUGUGUC